UUAGGAAUUCCAGCUGCCACUGAAACUUCUGCCGUGUCAUGUUGCUUGGAAACUUCUGUGGUCUUUGGAAAUGAAUGAAUGCUGUCGCUGUUCAGAGUUCAGACUUCUUGCUAUUUCACCACUCAGAUGCCUUCCUUUUUAUUUUAUACUAGUCAGCUCUCAGACUAUUCUUGCUAUUUUAUACGUCAUCAUCAGGUAGAUGAGCCAGUAGCCGGUGUGUAAUUACCCUACUUUGUCUUGGCAGAAUUUGGUAGUCUCCUUUCCUAGUCAACGUCACAAUCAUGUAGAUCCAGUUGGCAUAUAAUCACCCUCGCUCCUUUGGACUUUCCUGUUAACUUUGGUUGCAGCCACUCCCUUAUUUUGCCAUCCAUUCGUUUGUGCUUCUGUUAACCUGUCUGCCAUGGCGACGCCCACUGCUCUCCGAGCCUUACCUGUCGUGUCUGUGCUUGCAGUUCUUAUAAUAGUUCAUGCUGAAGGGCGAGAUCAUCGGCGUGACUGUCCUUCUUUCUCAUGUGGCCGUCUCGGAAACGUAUCGUUCCCAUUUCGUCAGGCAAGUGAUCCACCUGACUGUGGUUAUCAAUCUUAUGAGCUAGUUUGCAGUGAUAGCAUGGCUACAAUUCUUAUCGACGGUGCAACAUACUAUGUGUCUGGCAUCAACUACAGUGAUUCGACCUUCUGGGUUGUUGAUGCCCACUUGGAUUUAUACAACAGUUGCCCUCUUCCACGGUGGAAGCGGAAUCUACGUCCUGUUGCACCCAUAAUUCAAGGAGUUCCCAGCACCGUAGACGAGUUAGCUCCUGCAACAUUUAAUCAGGCUAACUUUGUUAAAUGUUCUCAAGAAGUAAAUGGCAACGGUAUGUACAUGCCUGUUGCUUGCCUGAGCACCAGCCGUUCUUUUGUUUAUGUGUUAACUGGCCUAGGAAUGGGAUCUAUGGAGAACCUCGAGCCUUGUUGCAGUUACUUGGCCAUGACUCCAUUAGGUGGCAACAAGACUUGGGGCACUGUACCACUAGAGAAUGCAAGCUAUGGAGAUGUUGUAAAAUUCAUGACACAUGGAUUCAGCGUUCUAUUUCCUUUCAGACGUCGUGGGUCGGAAAACUUCACGGAAUGCGUGACGGUUAGGAUGCCCACGUCCCUUGGAGAUUGGAUUGAGAGCAUUAUUCAGGUUGAUCAAUUGUUCUUGAGUUGCGCAAUUGAUGCAGUUCCACGUCCGUUUGCUAUAUGCCUGUAUUUAAUACAAGUGGCAUCGCCUUAUUUCAAGAUCAUUAUUGCGCUAUGCAGGUUUGUGUUGGUGCCCCUCACGAUAUUGAUCUUCCUUGCCAACAAGUACUGGAAAACAAGGAUCACAAUCGAUGCAGUUGAGAAGUUCCUCCGAAUGCAACAAAUGCUUGGCCCAAUGAGGUAUGGCUACACUGAUAUCAUUGCAAUCACAAGCCAUUUUAGAGACAAGCUGGGCCAAGGAGGCUACGGCUCGGUGUUCAAGGGCGUGCUACUCCCUGGAGAUGUUCAUGUCGCGGUCAAGAUGCUGGAGGGAAACUCCAACUGCAAUGGAGAAGACUUCAUCAGUGAGGUCUCCACCAUCGGCAGGAUCCACCACGUCAAUGUGGUCCGUCUUGUCGGGUUCUGCUCAGAAGAAAUGAGGAGAGCACUGGUCUACGAGUACAUGCCUCGAGGUUCUCUUGACAAGUACAUCUUCUCAGCCGAGAAGAGUUUCUCUUGGAGCAAGCUUAAUGAGAUUGCUCUGGGCAUUGCUCGAGGGAUCAACUACCUUCACCAGGGGUGUGAUAUGCAGAUUCUGCAUUUUGAUAUAAAGCCACACAACAUACUCCUUGACAACAAUUACGUCCCCAAAGUUGCUGAUUUUGGUCUUGCCAAAUUGUACCCAAGGGGCAACAGUUUUGUGCCAUUGAGCGCCUUACGGGGGACUGUUGGGUACAUAGCUCCUGAGAUGAUAUCUCGGAGCUUUGGUGUCAUAUCGAGCAAGUCUGACGUUUAUAGCUUCGGAAUGUUAUUGCUGGAGAUGGCUGGUGGAAGAAGGAAUGCUGAUCCGAAUACAGCAAACUCGAGUCAGGCAUACUACCCAGCGUGGGUGUAUGACAGGUUAACUGUGCAAGAAGUUGGCGAGAUAUCUGCUCCUGUUGCUGACAUGCAUGAGUUGGAGAGGAAACUAUGCAUUGUUGGGUUAUGGUGCAUCCAGAUGAAGUCUCGUGACAGGCCGACGAUGAGCGAGGUCAUAGAGAUGCUGGAAGCUGGCUUCGAUGCCUUGCAAAUGCCUUCCAGACCAUUCUUCUGCGAUGAUCAGGUGGCCACUAUCGCUGAUUCUUACCAUUUGUUCUCAGAACUGACCGAGGUCUCGGAGGGGGACGAGUAGCAUAUAUGUGUGUGAUUUAAUAGUGUCUUAUGUCUUCUGAAUACCACCGACUCUUUUGAACUUUUAUGUGGAAGCGUGCAAUAGCUAGCAAUGAAGGACGGGGAACUCCAAUUCCUAUAUCCUUCCAAAAUGUAAUCAUUUCCCUGGAAGACAUAUAUUAUUUCAACAGUAUUAUUAGGCGAGUAGCAGGUUGGUGUGGAAACAUUGUUAGCAUGAAUGUAGUCGUUCAAAGUGUAUUAUGGUGCUUGACAAAAAAAAUGCAUGAUCUAAGAAAUACAGAGUACUCGGUCCGUCUGUAAGCUUU